UUUGUUCUAUGGUUCUAACCUUCAGAUAAAUUUUGGGAAAUUUUAAGGUUAUGUCAACCUUGUAGUGCCCCAAAAAUGCUUCAUGAUAAAAUCGUUGCCUAAUCCGAGAACUUUGAACUUUGUACUUCUAAAACCGGGCGAAAAAUGUUAAAGGGCACUGUCAGUUUGGUAACCGGAGGGGCGUCAGGUUUAGGCCGUGCCACAGUCGAGCGCUUCGUCAAACAGGGCGGAAAAGUCGUCCUGUGCGACUUGCCCGUAACUAAAGGCAGCGAGUUGGCCAAGGAGCUAGGCGAGGACACAUGUAUCUACGCCCCCGUGAAUGUCACAAAGGAAUCCGAGGUGCAAUCCGCACUACAGAUCGCCAAAGAGAAAUUUGGCAGGUUGGAUAAUGUCGUAAACUGUGCAGGAAUCGGCGUCGCGUUUAAGACGUACAACUUUAAAAAGAAGCAGGCGCACAACCUGGACGACUUCAGCAGGGUGCUGCAAGUGAACGCGAUUGGUACUUUCAACGUAAUACGACUGGCCGUAAGUUUGAUCGACGAGAAUCCACCAGACGAGAACGGUCAGAGGGGCGUCAUAGUUAAUACCGCCAGUAUUGCGGCCUACGAGGGACAAAUGGGACAAGCGGCCUACUCGGCCAGUAAAGGGGCAAUCGUCGGAAUGACCCUCCCCAUCGCCAGAGAUUUAGCUUCUCAGGGCAUUCGAGUGUGCACGAUCGCUCCAGGUUUAUUUAAAACUCCUCUGCUCGGAGAUCUGCCCGAGAAGGUGACCACGUUUCUGGCGAAAUCGAUUCCGUUCCCACAGCGGCUCGGUGAUCCGGACGAGUUUGCGAAAUUGGCGCAAAGUAUAAUUGAGAAUCCGAUGUUGAAUGGAGAGGUCAUCCGGUUGGAUGGAGCGCUGCGAAUGCAACCAUGAGUUUUAAUCGAAUAAAAGUGCCUUUUGUAGUUUAUUUAAACUUGAAUUUGUUGGUAAUUAAGGGAAUAACUUUGGGUUUGUGGUUCUGUUGAUGAAAUCCUCUUGGUCUUUUUCUUUCUUUGGUUUAAUACAUUUGAACCUACCUUUCAUACACUUUUACUCUCCAAUCUAGCUCGGGUAAAAUGGUUUAAGAAUUGGAAAGAAGUCCAUAGAUUUUUCUCCACUGAUAACUU